AUGUAUUCUCAACAUGGUGCUUCAAUGGCACCGCCGCAGAAACCCGAAACUUUUAUGCUUUCCAAUGAGGCCCAGCAAAGUCUUCCACAGGAUGCACAGGUUGCGCUCCAGCAGGUCGACAAUUUAAAAUACUUCCUAAUUUCGGCCCCCGUUGACUGGGCGCCGGAUCAACUCAUCAGACGUUUCCUCCUUCCUACAGGUGACUAUGUCUCUUGCGUUCUCUGGAACAAUCUCUUUCACAUCUCGGGGACUGAUAUCGUGAGAUGUCUUUCUUUCCGCUUCCAGGCAUUUGGCCGACCUGUCAAGAACACGAAGAAGUUCGAAGAGGGUAUCUUCUCAGACCUCAGAAACCUUAAAGCUGGAACAGAUGCUUCACUCGAGGAGCCGAAAAGUCCCUUUCUCGACUUCUUGUAUAAGAACAACUGUAUCCGUACGCAGAAGAAGCAAAAGGUUUUCUACUGGUACAGCGUGCCGCAUGACCGGCUCUUCCUUGACGCUCUGGAAAGGGAUCUCAAAAGGGAGAAAAUGGGCCAGGAAGCCACUACAGUGGCCGUGAACGAGCCCGCUUUAUCGUUCCAGUUCGAUUCAUCCCAAUCUCUGUACGAGCAGUUGACAAAAGCACAGCAGGCGAACUCCUCUUCGUUCUCUGCCCACGCUAGCACAGCGUACCACUCUGCGUCCCCGAUGAUUCGAACCACCGAUUCCAUGCCUCCUCCCCAGCUCCCUCCAGCGAUGCCUAUUGUGCCUGAAGAAACACAUGAUCAAGGUAUCUAUAAUUCAGUAGGCCUUACCAGUGCAACUACUACCAUGGGAACUGGCGGUAUCAAGGCUGAACAAGACUUUGGUCAGGUUCAGUACGAUCGUAACGGCGUUCCUGUACCGAGAAUCCACCAGCGCCACACGUCGAUGCCGACUUACAUGGAAUACUCCCCUGCUCCGUCCUUUGUGUCGUCCCACUAUGAUGAUUAUGGCCAUCGCGGCAUCAGCUUUGAACCCAUCACUCCACCCCAACACAACGUUCAACUUGGUUCAGAGCCUGCAUAUAUUGCAAAUGAAGAUACUGGUCUUUACACCGCCAUUCCUGAUAUUGGUACUACGGCAGCAUUCAACGCCAUGAUGCAGUUGCCUCCUUCGAAUUUCGCUGCUCCUCAGUUUUCCACUGCCUCACGCACUUUUCCAUCGACGAAUGUUUAUUCUGUGAUUGAAGGGUCGCCCACAUAUAAGCAACGAAGAAGGCGGUCUUCAAUUCCUCCUGGAAUCACUAAUGCCAUCGCUGCUGCUACUGGUAACGGGCAGACUCAUUCAAAUCCCCAUGCUGCGCAUCGGCCAAGCGACCUCCACCAUUCAAUUUCGGUCCAGGACGGAGAUGAAUCGAACCCGGAGUCUCCACCCGGCCUUACUCAUAGCUACAAGGCGGAGGAAACCCAAAAGAUGCAUUCCCAUGAGAACUCAAGAUUGGGGACUCCGCUACCAACUUUGGACGAAACACAGGCCGAUGACCAUCUGUCUCUGAUCAAUCCCCAACCCGAGAUGCCCAUGUUAACCAGUGGCGAGGCUCUCGAAAGUUCGGGUUCUUCUAACAGUCGGUCAAAUGUCCCUGGACCAGUUCGUCGGGCCAGGAGUGCAACUAUGAUGGAGCUCGGGCCAUACCCGCAGAAAUCCCAUUCGUGCCCGAUUCCAUCAUGCGGACGGCUGUUCAAGCGCUUAGAACACUUAAAACGGCAUGUUAGGACUCAUACUCAAGAGCGACCAUACCCCUGCCCUUAUUGUAACAGAGCGUUUUCACGAUCAGACAACCUUGCACAGCACCGUCGUACCCAUGGUGCUCAAGCUGGCCAGCAGCCAUCUGCCAACUCCAACGAAGAGGACCGCGAACAGCAGGAACCCGAACAUGAGGCCACGGAUCAGGAGCAUACCACUCCUGAUACCAGCUACCUGCCCACUACCGUGAAUAUGGCUAGUGUUAGCAUGCCUUCGAUGUCUAUCCCUAACUUACCGUCUAUGGUUGCUCCACAGAUGAUCAGCCCUCAGCUCCUGCAACAGCAGAUUUAA